CAUGGGAUCCUCAAUUCUCUCUGCUAUUGGAAGAAGGCUGGAGGGUAAGGUGGCACUGAUCACCGGUGCAGCUGGCGGAAUCGGAAAGUGCACCGCCGAACUAUUCUGCAAACACGGAGCCAAAGUCAUGAUCGCGGACAUCAAAGACGAGCUGGCCCACUCCGUCUGCCAAGACAUAGGUCCCACAUCGGCAUCCUUCGUCCACUGUGACGUCACCGUCGAAUCGGACGUUCAGAAUGCCGUGGACGCCACAGUCUCCAAGUACGGCGCACUCCAUAACAUGUUCAACAACGCUGGCAUCGUUGGCUCAAACACACCCAACAUCCCCCACGAUGACAAAGCCGAUUUCGAGAGGAUUCUCAGCGUCAACGUCACAGGAGCCUUCUUGGGCACAAAACACGCCGCACGUGUCAUGAUCCCCGCUGGUGGCGGCAGUAUUAUUAACACUGCUAGUGUCUGCUCCGUCAUGGGCGGUCUCGCACCACACUCGUACACGACCUCCAAGCAUGCCGUACUGGGGCUCACAAAGAACACGGCCGUGGAUCUGGGUCGGUACGGUAUUCGGGUAAACUCUGUAUCGCCGUACCUGGUGAUAACGCCUUUGGCGAAGGAGUUCCUUAAGAAGGCUAACAUGCCGGAGGAGGUGUAUUCUAACCUGAAAGGAGUGGUACUGAAGACGGAAGACGUGGCUGAGGCAGUUCUCUAUCUGGGGAGUGACGAGUCCAAGUACGUGAGUGGGCAUAACCUCGUCGUAGAUGGUGGCUACACCAUCUCAAAUCCUGCUUUCACCGUUUACGAUCAAGGAAAUUAAGGAUCAACUCAACUAGAUCGGCACAUUUCGGAAG